AUGUUGGGCCCGCUUCUUUUGUCGGCUGUGUUUUCUGUAGUUCCGGUUUUCGCUUCAUAUGCACCGCAGAAAGAGAUAUGUCCGAUCACUUCGAUUGUUCGAGCUGCAAACGGUCUUUCGGAUGAUGAGGAGACGUACAGAGUGGCCAGGAAAGCGGUUGCCGAUGUUGCCUUGAAAGCAUGGCUGGCGAAGACGGAUUCUGGUUUUGGGACGGAUAAUUUGCCCACGGUUGCGAUAACGACCAGUGGAGGUGGAUACAGAUCUCUCCUUUCUGGAGCUGGUGUAAUUCAAGCUCUCGAUGAUCGAGACAGCAAUGGGACCACAAGCGGUCUCUACCAAGCAAUGACUUACCAAGCUGGUCUAUCGGGAGGAGCUUGGUUGUUGUCCUCAAUCGCUGGGAACAACUAUCCUACGGUUUCUUAUCUCAAGGAGAAUCUAUGGCACGAAGCAUUCAGAGACAGUCUCUUAGAUCCAGACUUCUUACUCGCAUCUGUAGCCUACGUCGAAGUCGUUUCUGAUAUUGCGGAAAAGGAUGCUGCAGGCUACGAUGUCACAUUGACUGACCCGUGGGGAAGACUGCUUUCCUAUCAGCUGCUCGACGGGACAGAUGGCGGAGUAUCAACAACGUUGUCAUCAAUCACGGGAUUUUCAAACUUCACAUCUCACGCCGUUCCGUUUCCAGUCAUCACCUCUCUUGGAGUUAAAGUCUGGGAAGGACAAUGCCUACCCGGACCCAACGCCACAACAUAUGAAUUCAGUCCUUAUGAAUUUGGAAGUUGGGACAGUGACGUGAGCGCCUUCGUUCAAACCCAUUAUCUCGGGACCUCAAUGAGCGAAGGCAAACCCACAGGCCUCUGUACCACCAAUUACGACAAUCUAGGCUACGUCCUCGGCACUUCCAGUACCUUAUUCAACGAGCUCUGUCUCAGUGUCCCAACAGCUGAAAACUCAAGCACCGACAUCUACGACGACCUCGCCGCAAUCCUCAACCGGGUCCACGAAGUCACAACCUCUGAUCUCUACGCCACCUACCCCAACCCCUUCUACGACUACAUCUCCUCCACCGCCGUAUCAAACAUCGCCAACAACGUCUCUGCUCAAGACCACCUCAGUCUCGUCGACGGCGGCGAAGCUUUGCAGAAUAACCCCAUUUUCCCAUUCCUGCAGCCAGCGAGGAAUAUCUCCGUUAUCCUCGUAAACGACAAUUCAGCCGAUACCUCGACGAAUUACCCCAAUGGUUCGGAAAUCUUAACGACAUACGUCCAAUCUUUCAACCAUAACUUAACACUAAUGCCCUUCAUCCCCUCAGUCGAAACUUUCAUCUCAGAAGGCUUGAAUACUCGCGCUACGUUCUUUGGAUGCAAUGAUACGAGCAAGAUUACGAUAGUCUAUCUACCGAAUUAUAAUUUUACGUUUGAUAGUGGGGUGUCGACGUCUCAGUUGGAGUAUAGUGAGACAGAACAGGAUGAGAUGGUUACGAAUGGGAAUGCGAUUGCGGAGCAAGGGGGAAAGGAUGGUUGGGCGACGUGUUUGGGGUGUGCUAUUAUGAUGAAGACCGGGGAGACGUUGGCGAGUGGAUGUACGGCGUGUUUGGAGGAGUAUUGUUAUUAUCAGUAG